GGUCGACAAUUCAGGGAUGAGAUCAGGAACUCCGAUGGCAUUGUUUACGGCAAAUACGGCUUUCAGGACCCGUCAGGCAAAGAUGGCUUAACCUCGCAAGUGGAUGGUGUGUCCGGAGUGCCCGUAUCGCAGCCUAUUGUGUGGAACCAGAAUGAGCCCAUCUAUAUAGAGCCGGCGCCUCUGACCUACGGGUCCGUCAAAAGCGAGCCAUUCCUCACGGAAAGGGAUCAACAGAGAUACCUGAAUAUCGACGAGUCUCUGGAGGCCCGCGAAGAAGAUUACAACCCCUUUGGUCACCACUAUUUUACAGUCAAUGAUGAGGUGAAACCCGUCAAUGAACAGUCGGUGCCGGUAGUCGACUCCAAAGAUGAUGUUAAGGUCGACAACCAGAAGCAGGUGGUGAACGAACAGCAGCCCUCCCUCUUGGUGUCCGGCAUAUCGCCGGUUAAUAUCCAGAGACAAGUGCUCACCAAUGAUGACCAGAUCUUCCCCCAAGUGAUCACUGGACAGAGACGUCUGGUUGAACCCAUACCUCAGCAACAGUACGCCGUUAAGGGCAGAUCACAAGUAUCACAAGUGGUGCGACCUAUUUUUGGUUAUGGAUCACCGGUUAUACCUCAGAAGCAAGUGGUGUACCAAACCGUACAGCACGGACUUCCCAUCUCUAUUGAAGAGCACAGAGUGUCCUCUCAGGGUGUGAGACGUCCGACCGUUCAGUACCAACUGAAACCAGUGCAACAACGGGUCCAACAGGUCCAACAGGUAUCGCAACUCCAAUCUCACGUUCCCCAGGAAUGGGUCCGAAAGCCCUCGUACCAGGUGUUGACAUCAGGUGUGAAGGGAUCGUCGCCCAGAAACUACCAGUACUUCAUCCAACCAGUCAUUCCUCAGCCAUUGAACAUUGAGAUUCAGAGACAACAGGUCCAACAGCCCGUCCAACAGCAACAACAGGUGCCACAAGUGCUGAAUAUCGAGCAACAGGUGCCUGUCGUGGAUCAGCGAAGGGAUAUUGUCGACCAGAAAGUGGUUGUCCACGACUCCCACGUCGGUCACGAUGUCGACCACAGACCUCUUCAUGUCGUGCAAGAAGUGCCAAAAUCAGAAAUCUUGAGUCAGAAACAAGUGGUUAAGUCGCCGGUAGUCUCGCAUUUGGGCGAUCAGAGGAUCGUCUACCAGGAGACCGGACGACAGGUGCCGGUGGUUAAC